GGAGCCGAGUACCAGCUGCGCCUCUCCCUUUUCGAUGCCACCUACCACCACUUCUUCGGCAGGACCUGGAGGAGCAGCCUGCGAGCUGCCCGCGCUGCCCCGCCGCGCCUGGCCAGGGCAACGUUCAAUGAGGCCAUUUACUUCCACACCUCCUUGAACCACCCUGGCAUCGCCGCCGUCGUGGAAGUGGUGGCAACGACCAAGAAAGGGGAUGGGAGCUCUCAGCAUCUCUCCUGUGGCUUUGGAGUCAUCCCCCUCUUUGGCAGUGGCUCAGAGGCAAAGGACCAGGCCACCAAGGACAGAGUGCUGAAGCUGUACCAUGGGACGCCACGUGCCCUGCUGCACCUGCGCUUCCAGGAGCCCAUGGAGAAGAACAAAUACUUGACGGUGAUGGAGAAGAGCCACCUGCAGUACACCCUGAAGCCCCACCAGCCUCUAGAGACAGUAUUUCACCUCCUUCCCGAAAACCUUCUGGUGUCUGGGCUGCAGAACAUUCCCGGCUUGCUGCCGGUGUGCGGAGACAUGAGUGGCUGCUUGCAGAAGCCGCAGCUGAUGAAGCCGGUGACCUGCUAUCUGGAGAGGCUGUCUGUCUGUCUGUACCCUUCCCUGGAGGAAUUUGAGGAGGAGCUGCUGGACUUGCUGAACAGCGAUCGCCUGCUUCAGGCUAACGCCGCUCCGGAUGGCGAUGGGAUGGUGGUUCGGGAGCGGCGGCUGCAUGUUGGUGUCCACAACGGGCUGUGCUUCGUCCAGGCACCGCAGGUGGCUGUGCUGGUGCCAGAGGCAGAGGCAGCGCGGGGUGGCUGCAUGGGGGUGCCCAGCACCGGAGCCAGGGGUGCAGGUCAAGCCCUGGUGCUGAGGAGCCGCAUCCACCUGAGCGAGAUGGUGCCUCACCCAGCAUUUGGGAUCUGCUUCCAGCUGGAAUAUGUCUUCUGCAGCUCGGGGAGAGCCGGUGGGAAG